AUGAGUUCGUCAACUUACACGGGCUUGCGAGCGGCGGAUCGCCCCAGCAUCCUGGAUCCCGCCCGUCCUAUCAGGGGCUUGACAAUUGCUUUCUGCAUCUGGAAAGCUCUGGUAUUCCUGGUCAUAGUCUCCUGCCCAGGACUGGGCUACGAUACUUCGACAAGCCAUCUUUAUCACGGUAUCAACAGCUCUGAUGUCAUCUCAGAGGACAUCGAACAUCUCCUUCUCACGGUUCCCCGGAAGUUCGUUAGGUGGGACUCGAUAUACUUCUUGCAUAUAGCUCAGAAAGGUUACGUCUUCGAGCAAGAGUGGGCAUUUGGCUAUGGGUACACUCAGGCUUUAGCUUACCUUACUACCGUUUUCCAACAUUUCACUGGCUUAGGAGGAGCGGUAUUUGUCGCGAUUGAGGCAAUCUUACUCUCCCACAUUGCCCACUAUCUCUCCGUUCUAGCGCUAUAUAAGCUUUCCGUCAAUGUGUUUGGAAACGACACCACCACGCAACGACUCAUCUGUCUCCUUUCCUCGGCCUUACAUAUCAUUUGCCCUGCCGGGGCAUUUCUCUCCGCACCCUAUGGAGAAUCACUGUUCUCUUUCCUGAACAUCACAGGCUUCUAUCUCUACUCUUCUGCUUACCUGGACAACAAGAAAGGCAAGCGUUUGUCCGGCGAUUUGAAAUCGAUCCUCUCCGCUGUUCUGUUCUCUGCAGCUACUACUGUUCGCAGCAAUGGGAUCUUAAGUGGGAUCUUAUUCGCCUAUGACGCUUUCCUCCAGCUUCGACGAGUUGUGUCCCAGAGUCUGUCAUGGAACGCCUGUGCUCACUUGCUUGUCGCCAUCGUGAGCGGCUGUAUCAUCGCGCUUGGACUUGUCCUUCCCCAAUAUAUCGCCCAUACAGCGUAUUGUGCAGAGGCCAUCCCGCGACAAUGGUGUCAAUGGUUUGUCCCCAGUAUUUAUGGCUGGGUCCAGAGUCAUUAUUGGAACGUGGGUUUCCUUCGAUAUUGGAGCAUUUCAAACCUCCCAUUAUUUGUUCUGGCGAUGCCGAUGCUGGCUAUACUCUGCCGCUCGUCUUUUUGGGCACUUGACAUGGCAGUCCCUUUCAUAUACCCGAGAGCAUUGAGUGGGAUCGAUCACGCGUCUUCUUCCGCUACCACAGCUUCGCUGCUUCUACGACUGGCUGCGCCUCAGGGAAUCCUGGCAUUGCUGGCUCUGACCAGCUAUCAUGUCCAAAUCAUCAAUCGAAUAGCUUCGGGAUACCCACUGUGGUAUUGGUACCUUGUGUACCUGGUUUCAGGGAAUUGGGGUCAAAUCCCGCCUUCAAUCCAACACAGCCGUACUUUUACACGAGCAGUGCAGGGCAUGGUGGCAUAUGCUUUAGUGCAAGCCACAUUAUUUGGGUCUUUUCUACCACCCGCUUGA